AUGAUGUCCUCGUACAAUUUCCGCGAGUACUUUAUGCGGCGUACACGCGAUUCGUUCCGCGCGCAUCUUUUUCCAGAGACGUCUAUUGAGGCAAAAGAGCUCAGUAAGAGUGCCGCAACGCUUGCUUCCGUGCCGACAUCAACUGCGCCACAGCAAGUACCGACAUCGCCUCUUUCAGAGACGAGCCUGAAGCAGUUUUACGAGAAUGCACAAGAGGAGCUCAAAGCGCUGCAGCGUGCGGCAGUGACCAAUAUGAUGUAUGCCGGCAGUAGCCGGCUCGUGGUAGAGGACCAGCGCAUGAGGGACUGGGUCGUGCGCACCUCGCCGGAGGCCGAAGGGGGCGCCGGAGGCGACGCCGAACAAAAAUAG